AUGAUCCAUGCCACCGGUGACUUUUGCAUUGGAGCUCUCUUCGUUGGGUUAUGGCUAGCGGCGUCGGUGUUGCCCUUCUCUCGAGUUGGCGCGAUGCUUGAAGAUAGGGAUCACCCUUUCGCUGCUCCGUUGCAUAUGAUGAAAGCUAUUUUGUUAGUGGUGCUAGGGGCUUGGGCAAUAUGUUACGCGCUUAUCGGUGAGCUUGGAUUGCUUUUCCCAGCAAACGUGUGGCGGUUUACGCCUGAGUUCUGCUUUUACGCCCUAGGUAGACACACUCUGCGUCAGGUAGCCAUUUUGCUGUAUUGUAUCAUCAUAUCCACGCCGGGUGCCGUGCUUUCAUCCAAAGGACGCAGAAGGUGUGAAACAAGGGAAUGCGAUGGGGCCGAUAUUGAACUAGAUGAAUUGCACAGCGGGAGAGAAGCGGUUGUCCCCAUAUUAAACUGCAUUCAUGGGGCCGUGGAGAUGGGUCGCUCCGCGGGCAGUGACAGCUUCCGCGAGCCUCACAUAUCAUUUAAUGGGAGCCGCAGUCAUCUCCCCUCUAGGACUAAUCGUGAUGAUAACUCGAGGUUGCAUUCUGCGGCAGCUCCUGCAGAAUGGAACAACACUCAUACCUAUUCCCCAUGUGAGAAUGGUGUGGGUCCAGGGUACUUGCAUGAGGGGGGUGUCGUGAUGCCGAGUGAUAUCCACAUUCAGUUGAAGCCUUCCUUGUCAGUUAGCGAUACUGAUAGCUUCAUGGACGGCCCUUUCUCAUCCUCUUCAGUGCACUUUCGUGAUUCGGGAGCGAAUCCAGCCUCCCAAUUUCCACGAGGCUCGCGGGUAAACAUGAACAGCAGCAGUUUCCCGCCGAGCCGCGUUCAUAACAAUGAAGAAUGUGGGAUAAGAUUUGGUGCGGCAUCCGUCAGGGAAGCCGAGUCUUACACAGUGCCGCUCAACCAGCAAACUCUUGUGAGUGUGCACAUUAGUGGUGGGGCAAGUUCAGCAACGAGAAAGCCCCCAAAUAGCUUCAAAAGGAAACUCUGUUUCGUGCGCAAUUGGCUGACUGGGGGUCCUCUGCCGACAUUUGGCACUGAUGAUGAGGUUACUAGAGCUACGGACAAGUGCGGCCCCCUGGUUCACAGGUGGAAACGGUUAGUUUUAUGGGAUGCUGUGUUGAAGCUGCGCCUUGUGCUUUUGAUGUGGAUCAUAACCUUCACACUGGUCGUCUAUCUCGCCGUCGCGGCCUCUUUCGAAGAUGUGCAGGCCUGUCAUGAACCCAUAUCUGAAACGGCGAUCUGCUGGGUGAACCGUUCAGCGACUCCAGCACAACGCCUUCACCCCCCACGUUCCUUUACCACGAUUUUUUUGUUCAGUGACGUCAUACUGCUAUUAGUAUGGAUGAUAUGUGGCGUGAGGUGCCUUCAAAACAUCGGUAAUAUCACCGCAAAGCAAAAGUUCCGACGAGCCUACUUGAUGGGUGCAUCACUCAUUAUGCUGUCCAUCACGUACUCCUGUUUCUCCAUAUUCGACCCACUGCGAUACAACGGGAUCGUGACAGUGGUUUUGCUCAUCUUCAGGAACGUGUGUGACCUGUUGUUGAUUCUGCUGCUGGUCGUACAGGUAGAGAAUUCUAGCGGUCCGAAGCCGUCGUGGCUCAUCUGGCUUAGAGGCACUGUGGUGUACGGAAAGUGA